GGGCUUGGUGAGUGUGGCGAAGACCAACCUCGCGGGCCGAAAAUCCCCAGGAAAUGUCAGCCGAGCAGUCAGUCGUUGUGAGUGUCGUGCGUUGAAAACCCUCGUAAAAUGUUAGAAGACUGCGUGAAAUUGUGAAAAUGGGAGCAAAGGACUCGAAACGGUCGUGCUUGCCCUACGAGGAUGCCGUCAAGCGAAUGUCUGAGGAGGAAUACAAGCGGAUAUGCGAGGCGUUCAAGCGGCUGAGCGGCGGCAACCAGCUCCUGAGCAAGCAGAGCUUCAUCCUGCACGUGCUGGGCGAUGGGGUGCCCCAGGCGAUCGCCGAGUGGCUGUACCUCGCCUGCGGCGGCACGCCGCGCGGCAUCGCCCUCAAGGACCUCGUCUGCGGCCUGGUGCUGCUCACCAAGGGCAAGCAGGACGAGAAAAUUCGCUUCCUGUUCACGCUGUAUUGCAACGAUUCGGGAACGCAUAUCACCAGGAGCGAGUUCUACAGCGCCUUGCAAACCGAGGGCACGCUGCCGCCCGAUAAGCCCAACAGGCCCAACAUCCUGUGGGAGAGGACGAUGCUCUCGCUGUUCCCCGUGGGACAGGAUCGAGUGACCUAUGAGCAUUUCAGUGCUUGGAUACAGUACAACAAGGAGGCGACGAUCUUGUCCAAGUGGUUACUCUCAAACCCUUGCGUAUCGCUAAGUUCGGAAGUGGAAGCGCCAACUUUUUACCAGACAUUGGCCGGUGUGACACAUUUGGAAGAACAAGAUAUUUGCGAAUUAGAGAAAUGUUUUUGGACACUUCAAGGCUCUUCACCUUCGUGCCAUUUAGAUUUAAAUUGUGUCCGGUCGAUGGUUUGUCCCCCGAUUCCGUUGACCGCAUGCGAGGGAUUAUUUUUAGCGCUCGAUGUGAACAGAGACGGCCAUAUCGAUUUCAAAGAAUUGUGCUGUGGGAUUUCGGCGGCGUGUCGUGGACCAAUAGCUGAACGAAUGAAAUUUUGUUUCAAAAUCUUCGAUAUGGAUAGAGAUUGUUAUCUGAAUCCGGACGAGCUUCAACAUAUGAUUCAUACUUUGAUGCUUGUUGCGAAUGAAAAUAACAAGAGAUUUAACGGUUACGAUGGGAAUUUUGAUAGUGAUAAGGAAGAGGAUCAUAGUAAAAUUUUGCAAUCUUUGACUCAAAGACUUGACGAGAGAGGGGGCUUGAGUCAGGAGGAGUUUUUGGUUUGGGGUGUUGAAGAUAAUGGAUUGGUUGAGCCGAUGUUGGAGUUGUUGUUUCAAGUUUGUCACGUUUCGUUCGUUUUAAGGCCGGCUUGUAGACACCACGAGCACGAUAUUGUGACGGGAUGGCUGGAACGCGAAGAGCGCCGUGGCUACCACGUGGGCCAAUUCUGGUACCUCAUCUCGUCCGAAUGGUGGCAAAACUGGCUAAGCUACACGACCGCCCCUCGCAACAACCUCGACCACUGCACGUGCCGCACCGCCACCGACCCGCGCCUCGUCGAAGAGGGCAUCGUCUGCGACGAGAGCCUCAUCAGCAAUGGCACCGAUUCGAACGAAUUCAACUCGAACAGCAUGGAAUCGAUGGGGGACCUCCUCGGCAAAGGCGAUACCUGCAGCAUUGCCUCGAGUUCGGGCGUUUCGAGCAGUUCGGGCACAACGGGCUCGAAACGAAGUCAAGGCAUGCCGGGACCCAUCGACAAUUCGAACCUCGUUGCCGAACCGUUGCAUAAAGUGAGAACGCUGACGGGCGAAGGCGGGAGAUUAAAGCGGGAUACACCGUUGGUGCAACAUCGGGAUUUUGAACUGGUUCCCGAUUCGCUGUGGAAGGCGUUGGCGCAUUGGUAUGGGGGUCCGUUGCCGUUGCCGCGGCAGGUGAUUUUGCCGCCGGGGAGUUGCGAUGUUGAGUUGGAGUUGUAUCCGUUGAAUUUGAGUAUUUGGAUGCAUCAGUCGCAAGCGGUGGGGUCGGCGGCGUCUUGGAGCAGUGUGGUUGGAGGCUAUGGAGCCGCCGCCCUCAACACCGCCGGCAUAACCACCUCCCCCAUCUCCUCCCCUCGCCGUUACCUCGCCCACACCGCCGCCUUCAGCCGCCUCGCCAACGUCCGCCAAGUGAUCGAAUUCCUCUGUCUCCGACUCAGCCUCCGUGUGGAAGACGUCCGAUUGUGGCACAUCAGGGACACCACCACCCUCCUCGAAGACGAGAACGCCACCCUCCAAGACCUGAGCGUCAUCGACGGCGAUAAAAUCCUCCUGGAGGUGCGCAAUAAGGACCUGACAUGGCCCGAAGAACUUGGUGCUUUGGUCGCCGGCGGUCAGACAACGCUCAGUGCCGAACGUCGACCGACAAUUUGUCUGCCACCUGGUGCUACAGGCUUGCAUAAUCUCGGCAAUACGUGUUUUAUGAAUGCGGCACUGCAAGCGGUUUCAAAUACGCGACCGUUAACGUUGUAUUUUCAAAGGGAUGGUCAGUUGUGCGAAUUGAAUAGUGUGAAUCCGUUGGGUACGAAGGGAAUGGUGGCGAGGCGAUAUGCCGAGUUGUGUAGGGAGUUGUGGGCCGGGUCGACGAGGAGUGUGGCGCCGUUGAAGUUGAGGUAUUGUGUCACCAAACAUGCGCCGCAUUUGGGAGGCGGAGGACAACAUGAUUCGCAGGAGCUUCUGGCAUGGCUACUGGACGCCCUCCACGAGGACUUAAACAGGGUAGCACGUAAACAAUACUCAGAACUGAAAGAUUCCGGAGGACGUCCGGACGAAGUGGUCGCUGAGGAGGCAUGGGUUCAACAUUUGGCCCGAGAUCAUUCGAUUAUAACCGAUCUAUUUUACGGCCAAUUAAAAAGCAAAGUCACUUGUCAAACGUGCGGCCACGAAUCGGUCCGAUUCGACCCAUUCAACUUGUUAAGUUUGCCAUUACCGAUGGAAAGUUAUACGUUAUGCGAAGUUUUAGUUGUAAGAUUAAACGGCGAAACGCCGAUAAAAUACGGCCUCCGCCUCAACUCCGAAGCGAAAUAUAUCGAACUGAAGCAACAGCUCGAACGUCUGUGCAAUAUCAAAACCGAACGCCUGCUUCUGGCCGAACUUGCCUAUUCGCAAAUCAGACAAGUGUUGAACGACGAUGUCCGGAUAAAUCCGGGCACGGCGACCGAAUUGUACGCUUAUGAGUUACCAGAGGAUCAUCAAGAAACCGAAGAGAUAAGUAACGAUGUCGAUGUGGAGGUUGCCGUUUCCGAUAGUCCAUUGGCCCGCAGUCCUGAGGUAAGAGGUGGUUCGGCCCUUUGCAUGCCCAACAUUCUAUGCUUUAAGAACAGGCAAAAAACCGAUAGUCAUCUAAUGAAUGGAGGAGUUGUCCUGAAAAAAGCCUCAAUCAUAUCACAUUCCUUUUCGGACACUUCCUCAACAUCGUCAAAAUUUCCAAGUUAUUUAAUAGCCUUACAUCGGAAAUGUGUCCGACAAGAAACCUACUUUCUCUCACAACAGAAAAGCAAACCGAGUUUAUUUGGUUCACCACUUUUACUUGGUUUUCGUCCAAAUAGUACGUGUCAGAGCUUAUACGAAGCGGUUUGGGGACAAGUAACCAGGUUUCUGAGCCCUCUGCCGCAGAGCGACCAAACUAACCAUGCCACAGACUGUGAUGACUCCUUGGGAUACGAAUUCCCUUUUACGCUGAAGGCCGUUCUUCAAGGCGGCCAAAUUUGUGCAAUAUGUCACUGGACGCAGUUUUGUCGUGGUUGUACUCUACCUUGUAGCAAUGAUUUGGUUGUGGACCAUUGUCGAGGGAAUUUGAAUGGGAUGUGUAUUGCGAUCGAUUGGGAUCCGACCGCUUUGCAUUUGAGGUAUCAGAGCAAUAGGGAAAAGUUGUGGAUAGAAGAUGAGUCUGUUAGUAGAUGUCAGAAGUUGCAUACGGAACCCAUUGAUUUGGAUAAUUGUUUAAAAGCGUUCACGUCUGAAGAAAGACUAGAAACAAAGUAUCAUUGUUCCAAUUGUCAGGAUAAACAACCGGCGACGAAGAAAUUGCAAAUUUGGCGGUUGCCACCGAUAUUGAUAAUCCAUUUGAAGCGCUUCGAUUGUGUGAACAACAAAUGGGUAAAAACCCAAAAAGUGGUAAAUUUCCCAUUCAAAGAUUUCGAUCCAACGGCAUAUCUCGCAUCCGUACCGCAAGAAACAAUUUUACGUCAUCUACAACUACGCGAAAAACGUCAAGAUCUGGAAAGUUCAUGUGAUAGUCAAACAUCGGUUAAAACAAUCGAAGAAAGCACCGAAACAAAUUGUACAACAAACGAACAUUCGAAACUUUUAACAACCGACAACAAACCGAAAGUGCAACUGAACAAAGUCAGAGCUCGCCUAGAAUCAACCAGUUUGUUGAAAACACCAAUCAUCGACGAGCAUCUCAAGGACUACCAUCAGCACAAAUUAUUACCCGGACAGGAUCCCUUCGAUCUGAAAUACCAACUUUAUGCUGUUGUGAGUCAUUCAGGGAUGUUAAAUGGGGGCCAUUACAUCUCCUACGCUUGCAAUCCGAACGGGAACUGGUACUGUUACAAUGACAGUUCGUGCCGGGAGGUUCUAACCGAAAUAGUAGAACCGGUUAAACCGAAAAAGUCGACUUGUACGCCACUGCGUCGCCGCAAAAACACGCAAUCUAGCGAGAAGGAGGAAGAGACCUGUAAUACCGACCCGAAGGAAACCACUUGCGAUGACACCACCGUUACUAAACCGGAACCGAAUUACAAAAAAUGUGCUUAUAGUGACGUGAAAACCCCGAAAAUCGACACUAGUUCGGCGUAUAUUUUGUUUUACGAAAGGUCGGGCCUCGAUUACAAACCGUAUCUUCCCGAGGUCGUUUCGAACGGUCAAAUCGUGCCUGAAGUUGAACUGGACGAGAAUGAAUCUGAGUUACGUAAGCAAUUGUGUUCCAUUCAGUAAUUUUCUCUUUUUUUUUUGUUGAGUUUUGUUGAAGUUGCGAGAAAUAUAUUUUUGUAAAUGGUGUGCCACCCUUUGAUUUGUUUUCAUUUUUUAUAUGAUUAUAGUAUUGUUACUCCGUUUUGCAGAUCUAUUAUUUAUGAAAGUGUAUUUAUAGAUGUUGAUAAUAUUGUGAUCUUGAAGCCUAAAAUUGUAAAAUUAGUCUAGAGCGUGAUGAUUUUUUCGAAAUGACGGGAUGGAUGGAUUUUUACGCGAAUCCUGGUUUGAUUCAACCAAAGAUGUAAACAGAUUCGUUCAAAAGUUGACUGUUUUGGGGUUAUUUAUUUUACUAGUCUGAUAUUCUUAUCUUAUUCCACUAAGUUUGUAAGAUAUUUAUAAGUGUUGCUUUUUUUGACACGGUUUAAAUAUAUUUCCAUUAGGUAUAAUAUUAAUGGUGCCAUUACACAAUAAAAUAAAGCUUGUAUAUUGUUUA